AUGUGGCAUGUGUUUUACCUUGUGGAUAUGUUUGGUGCAGGAACUGAUACCACCCUUGCAGUCCUAGAUUGGGCUAUGACAGAACUCUUGAGGCACCCCAAUGUGAUGCAGAAACUACAAGUUGAGGUGAGAAGCAUGGCUAGGGAUAAGACUCACAUAAAUGAGGAGGAUUUGAGUGGCAUGUCUUACUUAAAAGCAGUGAUUAAAGAAAUUCUUAGAUUACAUCCUCCAUCUCCCAUAAUGAUUCCAAGGGAAUCCAUGCAAGACACCAAAGUGAUGGGCUAUGACAUUGCAAUUGGCACACAAGUACUAGUGAUGUGA